CCGCAAGUACACUCCACGUUAGGAUUUUCAAUAAUGUUGAAUAAUAAUAUAAUAUAAUUUAUUAUAAUAUAUUUAUUAUAAUAUAAUUAUGAUAACAAUAAUUAUAAUGUUUCUGUCAUUUAGCUGAUUUAUCUGUUAAUUCUGUCGAACUCAACCGUCUCUAAGGUGUUGCCGUUAUUGUCCACACAGCCUAUAUACCGCUGACAUUGUUACUCUUAUUUUAAUCUAAUAGUAUCAGACAUUUCGUUCGCUGUUCUGGAAUUCAGAUAAUCUAAUAAAGUCAAUAUCAAAUUAUAUUUAUCUGUUUUGAUCUCAUCUCAACAAAAAAAGAUGUACAUAUAAGGAACAUGGACUACUCCAACAGACUGCUCGUUGUAAACCAGCUGUAGUUUACCGUCUAUAAACAAUAAAUCAAAUCUAUUUUUAAAAUAUCCUGUACACUCCAACCCAGCGUAUCGAUUAGCCGUCCUGUUCGUAUCCAUGGUGAUCAGCUGUUGAUCCCAGCGAUCGCUCGGUGAUCGCCGGGCGGGUCUGUUGUCAAGAAGAAGUGACGCGUUCUCCUUGGUUUCAGACCGCUGCGCGUGCGCAGUAGACGCACACCAACAUGGCGGCGUCAACACAGCAGCGGAGUCCUCCUGAUCUGAGGGAUUAUUGAACCGCGGACAACGAUGCUAACAUGCCGACUGAGAAGAAACUCACCAAGGAAGACACUUGGAAACCAGCCGAGCUGACCAAACACAUGAGGGACGCUGGUCAUGGAGACAGGAGGAGGGAGGAGAGAGAGAGGAGGGCGAGAGACAACACCAAAGAGGAGGAGAGAGAGAGCAGGAGGGCGAGAGACAAUAAGGAUGAGGAGAGAGAGAGAAGGCGGUCGAGAGACCCCAGGGAAGAGAGACACGUAGAGAGGAAGAGUGAGGGAGCGGAGGAGAGAGAGAAGGAGAGGAGGAGGAGGGAGGGAGGAGCAGAGAGAGAGAAGGGGAGGAGGAGAGAAGGAGGAGAGGAGAGAGAGAAGGAAAGGAGGAGAGAGGGAGGUGCAGAGAGAGAGAAGGAGAGAAGAGAAGGAGGAGAGGAGAGAGAGAAGGAGAGGAGGAGAGAAGGAGAGGAGAGAGAGAAGGAGAGGAGGAGAGCGAGGGAUGCAGAUACGAGAGGACCUGAUAGAGGCCCCCAGAGACACCGAGAAGGAGAGAGGGAGAGGCACAAAGACCGGGCGAGGGAGAGAGACACAGGAGACGAGAAGGAGAAAAGGAGAGAGGAGAGAGAGGGGCAUAGGAGGAGAGAGGGAGGGAGAGAGAGGGAAGGAGAGGAGAGAGAGAAACACAAAGAGAGGGAGCAUCGGGAAGAGGGCGAUCGACGGCACGAUGAACGGCCCGACAAAGCACGACGAGUAAGACGCUCCGAGGAGAAGGAGGAAGAGAAAAACAAAGAACCCAGAAAAGACGGAGACAGGAGGAGGAAGCAGGAGGACGGAGAGAGGGGGAAGGAGGAGGAGAGAGAGAGGAGAAGAGAGAAGGAGGAGAGGAGACGAGAGAAGGAGGAUGGAGGAGGGAGGGAUGAGGAGAGAGAGAGGAGACACAGAGAGCGGCGACAGAGACAGGUCGAGGAUGUCGGUGGGGGCGUGUCCACGGAGCUCAGGGAGCCGGAGGAGACCAAGGCCCAUCACCAUGGGGACCAAGACACUGGGGAGAAGGAGCGGCGGCGAGCGAGUAGACACCCGGUCCUCCCAGAAGCAGAAGCAGCGGGAGCAGAUGUUCCUCCUGCUGCCUCCGAGAGGAAGGCUGCUGCCGAGCCAGAGUCGGCGCACGGAGAGCCCGCGUAUGAGGACGACUUCGAGGUAAAACAGAACUUCGAGGACUUUGAGGAGCUGGAUGAGAGUGGGGAGGACGAGCAGGAGGACGAGGAGAAGGAGGAGGUGGUGGUGGAGUCCCCUCGCCAGAAGAUGGGAGCAGAGAGGAGGAAGGAGGUGGAGGCCAUCCAGAGGGCCAUGGAGGAGGAGAACCGAAGAGCAGCAGGGGGGAGGAGCGGAACCGAGGGGGAGAUCAGACCCCAAGAGUCCGAGCAGACCCGUCCGGGCUCUCCUCAUCGCGGUUCUCAGAGAGGUCCUCAGCGCGGCAAGUUUAUCGACUUUGUGGCGGCGAAGCAGAGAGAAAUCAAUCAGAAAGUCGCCAGCCAGCAGAAGAAGCGCAGUACGGAGCUACUGCGACUCGUGGAGUUGGACUUCUCUCCGACCGUCUCCCUCCUGGACCUCCCACCGCUCAGCCAGUACGACGUCUACAUCAAGAGCUUUGGGAACACCAACACCAAACAGGCCUAUGUCCAGUGUCGUGAGGACGACGGGGAGCGAGACGUCCAGACGGACCUCAUCGAGGUCCUGGACAGGUGGACCCAGCACCCGGCGGACCACACUGGAGCCUGUGGGGAACCGGGACGGUCUCAGGACGCCCCAGACGGGAACACGGCACAGAUUAACAUCGACUCCCAGCGCCUGGCCACCUUCCUACACUCAGCCGUACAGGUGAUGUCGGUGCUGCUGGAGGAGGACCACGCUGAGAGACGGUCUCUGAGGACGACCAGCAGCCAGACGGACGCCCUGUCCUUCAGCGAGGGGAACCUGCAGCUCAACACCCAGCUGCCCUUUCUCCACGGUCGGCCCUGCAGCCUGCUGCUCUUCUCCGCGUCCCAGAGACAGACCCUGCUGUCGGUCCACGGCCCCCUGGCCCAGCCCGGGGCGGUCCGCCUGGACAGCUGGACCCUGCUCUGCGUCUGGAGUAUGUGGGAGCCGUCCCGACCCCAGAAGGUCCUGGUCUACGAGUCUGAGGUGAGGUGCUGCUGCUUCAGCCCAGGGAGGGGUGCCCUGGUGCUGGCCGGGACGUCGGACGGCUCCCUGGUGCUCUGGGACCUGAGAGAGCCGGCCGGGGGUCAUCACACCAUGACCGUCGCCGGGACCGAGUGGACCUUCAGACAGCCCACCUUCUCCACCGACGCGGUCCUCUCCGCCCUGGGGCACCACUCAGCAGUCAACACCAUCGCGGUGCUCCCCUCCCCCUCCUCCACCACCUCCAGCUCCUCUACAGCCGCAGAGCCCCAGCCCCCCCUGCUGGCCAGCGAGGAGUCGGCGGGGACGUCCUUCCAGCUCGCCUCUCUGGACGAGAGGGGGGUUCUGAACCUCUGGGUGGUGCUGGAGUUGACCUCAGCCAGCCUGGCUGGAUCUCAGACUGACCUGGGUCUGAGGCCCGGAGGAAAGGUCAAGCUGCUACACAGCUCCUGUAUGCCUGCUGUGGAGAGGGAGGGCGCCGACCUUGAGGCCCUGCAGCUCCACUUCCUGCCCAGCGACGCCAACCACUUCCUCAUCACCACCAACAUGGGAGUGGUGCAUCAUGGGACGGUCCAUGGGUUCAGAUCCCCUCCCAGGGACUACGGCUCUCAGGAGGGGGGGUCGAGACCCCUCAACGUCACCUCCCUCCACUUCUCUCCCUUCAACCCCCAGCUCUUCCUGGUUGGCUGCUCGGACGGCAGCAUGAGGCUCCACAUCGUGUCGUCCCAUUGGCCGCUGGCUGAGUGGACCACCUGCCGAGGGGGCGGGGCCCCGGAGUUGGGCGUGGUCUCGGUCCGCUGGUCCCAGUCCAGACCGGCCGUCUUCUGCGUCCUUGACUCCGCCUCCCACCUCCACCUCUGGGACCUGAGCCGCGACGCCCUGGGGCCCGUCGCCACGGAAACGCUGCACGCCGACGGGGUGACGGCCAUGGCAGUAUUUGGCUCCGCCUCCUCCUCCUCCUCCUCCUCCUCCAAUCAGAGCUCGUUCUCCGGAGUGGCGCUGGCGCACCGCACAGGGAAACUCCAGCUCCACUACUUCAACCCCAGCUUCUCCUCGGCCAAUCACGCGGAGGAUGAGGGCGUCCUGCAGUCCAUGAUGCACCAAGCCCUCUGAUUGGUUAAUCGUCCAUGAUGUAUAAAGAAUUCUGGUUUGCUGGUUUGUACUGUGUAUAUAUAUACCUUCAUUUAUUUUUUACAGAUUUAAAAAUAAUAUUUAAAGUAGGCAUAUGUUUCCUGAUAAAAUGUUAUUUAGAAAGCUCUGAAUUUCCAUGUCAAGCCUGAAUACAGCUGAGGCCAAUGAGGAAAUAAACAUGUAAACAAGC